GCGGCCGCUGAGCAUCAGAGGCUGAUCCUCCUCUGUGUCAGGGAGGCGUGCUGCGUGUGUUGUCACAGAUCCACGAAACGCUGCUCGUGUUUUAUUUCCUGCCCAACUCUCAGCGGGAUAAAAAGCUCUCGGGCUCAGACCCAACAUGGGUUAGAAAGAAAGCCACCUAUGGAUUAUCCACUUUGCGCACUUCAGCGAGGAUGAUGGGGGGGAGAGAAUGGACUUGUUUUCGCAGAGACAUCCUGACAAAGACGGGGACUGAGAGGGACUAGAAACCGGGACUCGCUGCUUCUCUGUGUCUCGCUUUGCAUCUUUUUAAUUUUCUUUAUUUUUUUCUCAUUUCCCAGUUUGUUUAGUUUUGUUUUUGUUAGUAUUUCCCCGCGCGCGUGCGAGGCAGAAAUGUUUGCAGAAUUGCUGUGCGGCGCCGUGGCUCUGGUCCUGUAUGUCAACACUCUGGGCGCCGAUUUCUGCUACGAUGACAGCCGUGCAAUUAAGACCAAUCAGGACCUGCUUCCAGAGACGCCCUGGACAAACAUCUUCUACGAUGAUUUCUGGGGCACCUUACUCACACACAGCGGCAGCCAUAAGUCUUACCGACCCCUGUGUACCCUCUCCUUCCGCCUUAAUCAUGCUGUGGGUGGGCUGGAGCCUUGGGGUUACCACCUGGUUAAUGUGGUCCUCCAUGGGGCUGUGACAGGCCUGUUUACCUCACUCGCUCGCCUGCUGCUCGGAGGAGGACUGUGGAGCCUACUGGCUGGCUUGCUCUUCGCCUCUCACCCAAUUCACACCGAGGCAGUGGCAGGUGUAGUCGGCCGAGCCGAUGAAGGUGCCGCCCUUUUCUUCUUGCUGUCCCUGCUGUGUUACAUACGUCACUGUCGGCUGCGGGGGUGUGCUGGGUCCUGGCGGCUCGUGGCCUGGUUCCUUGGUAGCUUGGGUUGCGCCGCCUGCAGCAUGCUCUGGAAGGAGCUCGGAGUAACCGUUCUGGCUGUAUCAGCGCUGUAUGACGUCUGCGUUUUCCACAGGCUCAAACUGCGACAGAUCAUUGUGCUCCUUUACAAGAGAAAGAACGCCCACCUGCUGCUGAACGUGUUUCUGCUGGCAGCGUGGGGAUUCUUCCUAUUGGCCUGUCGCUUCUACUGGAUGGGCAACAAACCUCCAAACUUCUCCAACUCUGACAACCCAGCGGCUGACUCGCCCUCGCUCAUCACCAGGACCCUGACCUUCUUCUACCUUCCUGCUGUUAACUUCUGGCUCCUCCUCUGCCCAGACACACUAAGUUUCGAUUGGUCGAUGGAUGCCGUGCCUCUGAUCAGGAGCCUUGCUGACUGGAGGAACUUUCAUACAGUUGUCUUCUAUUCUGGUCUGUUGUUGCUAGCUUGGUUCGGCUUGUGGACACAUCGUGCACCGAGGGGAAAGGACACUAAUGGCAAAGUGCAUCAUUACACCAAUGGCAGAAAUGGGAGCAGUAAUGGGCACAGUUACAGUUAUAAUGAUUAUGAGCACGUGAACAAUUCCAAUACGGAUGCUCACAUAAAUAAUACGCAAAAUGGGACCAAAAAGCACUAUGAGAGCAGGACUCUGCUACCUACCACUGAAAAUGUUGUGGUGUUCUCACUGGGCCUCUUGGCCAUCCCUUUUCUACCUGCCACAAACUUGUUUUUCUAUGUGGGGUUUGUGAUAGCCGAGCGAGUACUGUACAUCCCGAGUAUGGGCUUUUGCCUGCUGGUUGCAGUGGGGAUCAGGUCCCUCUACAUCCGACUACGCCGCAGAUCAUCCAGAACAAUGCUGGUGUACUCCAGCGCAGCCCUGGUUCUAUUUUUUGGUGUCAAAACAGUUUUGAGGAACCAGGACUGGCAAAAUGAAGAAAUGCUCUACAAGUCAGGGAUUUAUGUCAAUCCUGCUAAAGCAUGGGGCAACCUUGGAAAUGUCUUGAAGAGCCAGGGAAAGAUGGAGGGGGCGGAGCAGGCUUACAGAAAUGCCCUGUAUUACCGCAGCAACAUGGCUGACAUGCUCUAUAACCUUGGUUUGCUGCUACAGGAGAGCAACAAGUUCUCAGAGGCACUUCACUACUAUAAGCUGGCCAUUGGGAGCCGGCCAACUCUGGCUUCAGCCUACUUGAACACAGGCAUCAUCCUGAUGAAUCAGGGUCGCCUAGAUGAGGCCAAACGCACUUUCCUGACCUGUGCUGAUAUCCCAGAUGAGAAUUUGAAGGACCCUCACGCCCACAAGAGCUCAGUCACAAGCUGCCUGUACAACCUGGGCAAGCUGCUCCACGAACAGGGACACCAGGAGGAGGCCCUCUCUGUGUUUAAAGAAGCGAUACAGAAAAUGCCGCGACAGUUUGCACCGCAGAGCCUCUACAACAUGAUGGGAGAGGCCUACAUUAGACUGAAUAAGCUGACUGAGGCUGAGUUUUGGUACAGAGAAUCGCUGCGAGCCAAGCCAGACCACAUUCCUGCACAUCUCACUUAUGGGAAACUUCUCGCAAUGACGGGGCAGAAAACAGAAGCGGAGAGGUACUUCCUCAAGGCCAUCCAACUCGAUCCCACAAAAGGCAACUGCUACAUGCAUUAUGGUCAGUUUUUGUUGGAAGAGUCACGGCUGCUUGAAGCAGCAGAGAUGGCAAAGACAGCUGCACGCCUUGACAGUGGGGAAUUUGAUGUGGUCUUCAAUGCAGCCCACAUGCUCAGACAAGCCAGCCUAAAUGAGGCAGCCGAGAAGUAUUACGGACAAGCAGCGAGCCUGAGACCCAACUACCCUGCAGCUUUGAUGAAUCUUGGGGCAAUCCUCCACCUCAAUGGGAAGCUGCAAGAAGCUGAAGCCAAUUACCUCCGAGCACUUCAACUAAAACCAGAUGAUGCCAUCACCCAGUCCAAUUUGCGUAAGCUGUGGAACAUCAUGGAGAAACAGGGCUUGAGGACCACGAGCCCCUGAGCUCAAGAGAUCCCGCCUACUCGCCAUCUGCACACCAGACCCGGGAAAAGGACAGCCUACACGCUCCUCAUUUGCUCCUGUCAUCCAGAAAAGAUGGAAGAGACUCAGGGAGAAUGUUUGCUCAAAGAGGCCGUGACCGUACCACACAGCUCUCCUAGUGACUCCUGAGCUUCGCAUACACCUCAGGCCAGCAGCUUUCCUCACAAUCAUUGCUCACAGUUUGGCAGACGUUAUGUGGUAUUUGGACUUUUAAGUACUUUUUUCAAAAUUAAGGCUUUUUUUCCUUUAUAACUAAAGCACUUGAAGUAAGACCAGGUACAUCCUUUAACAUUUGAGAUGAGUUAUACUUAAACUAAGCAAUUCUGCUGAAAGGUUUCUCAAAAAGAAUUGUUGAACUGGGUAAAAUUUAAUAUUAGAGAUAAAAGAGAGGAAAGGAUCUCAUAACGCUGCACUGGGGGGGAGCGGGUAGUUUCCAACACCAUUAAAUGAAGUUCUUGGUUUGACCAGAUACCACUUUGAUCAUGAAGACAGUACAUGAAGAACUAACAACAUUCAAAAUCACAACUUAAAUUUAUAUCUCAACUCUCCAGCUUGUGUACUGAUUCAUAGUCUCGGUGAUGAAAUUUGUUCAUUAGAAUAUACACACUUUGCUAUUAUUGCAAACCAUUUUUAGCACUCUCCUAAUAUUCGGUGACAACUUGAAAAAGGGAAUUGAAUUUGUUAGCCAUUGCAGCACAACGGUAGCCUCUGCAAAUGUUCCGCUUUGCAAAACCCAGCAUAUUUUGGCAGUUAAGCUCAAAAAGUGAAGAAAAAUUAGUAUUGUAAUGACUUAAAAGGUGUAAUAUCUUUUUCAUGAGUGUAGCAGGAAGUGUUUUUAUCAUUACAGAUCUUCUCUGCAUUGGUUAAGAAGUCACCAUGGCAGUUAAGAAACUAUACAUAGAAAUGUUAAGCUACCUUCCUGUGGAAGUAACAGACAAAAAAUAGGUAGGUACUGUAGAUUCAGGUACACCGCCUUGCUACAUGCCCGAAGCUUUUAUAGAAGAGUGUGUAAGGACCUUAAGCAGAUGAAGGAGUUCUUCUAACCAAAUACAAAAACUAUGCUGAUGCACACCUUUUAACCACAGAACAGUGCACAGUCAUGGUGCAUUUGAGGGAAAUAUUUUAAUGCCUUUAUGUUGAUAUAAGUAAGUUUAGUGUGUGUGUGUGUGUGUGUGUGUGUAUAAAUUAAUUCUAAUAUAUACCUACAUAGUGUAUAGUAUCAAAAAAAUCAUCGAAAGCAGCAAAAAAGUAGCCAGACACGAAUUUGACUGCGUUACUGAGCAAGUUUGGCUUUUUACAUUAUUACAGUAUUUCUCACAUUGUCAGUCUUUCAGUCUCAUUUGUACAUAUUCUGUGUAAUUUGUUUGUUUUAUUGUCAGCAAGUGAAACAGCACCUUCCCAGAGGUAUCAGCAUGUACCAUAUUUAGAAUAAUUUGUUUGUUAUUGGUCACAAACCUCUCAGCUAUCCGUGUCCUUUGUUUAUUUCAUUUUAAGUUAUUGCUCUGUGUUAACUAGCAGCAGAACCAGCUGGUACUGUGUUUUUAGAUGUAAAAAGAAGGAAACGACAGCUGUUAUGUUUACUCCUGUGGUCAUUAUGGAGGAAAUACCCAGUUAUGUGGCCCGUCGUGGGUAAAUACAGAGCAGCGUCUACAACGAAUGGUAAUGUUUUUUGAGUUUAUGUCAUUUGUUACAGUCACAAUGCUAUAACACCGUUCUGUUUUUAGCUAUGAUGAAGAUUCACAGUUCACAUUAAUUCCUAGCACUGUAUGUCACACACAUCAGACAUAUCGUGUAAUUAUCACAUGUAUAUAUAAAGUGUUUAUGAAGAAACACUGUCCGCUUGUUUUAAUGAAGGUGUUUGAGAAAAAAAAUGUUUCACUCUGUGUCUCUGCUCAGGGAUCUCAAGCGGUGGGCUAUUGCAGAAACUUGUUCACGGAGCGUUUACUAAAUUAAAAUUUAUUUUUGAAAGUUGUUGUAUUUGUAUAAAUUAUCGAGCUUUGUAGCCCCAUUUUUUCUCCUUUUUGUAUUAUAAAAUGAACAAUGUGCCAGAGUAGACCUUUCUUCCCAGUGGUGUUUCUCUUUGUUUUGUUUGUCUGCUUAUUUGUUUGUUUGUUUUUCCACAAUAAAUUGAUGGUGUUCUGCUUUGA